AUGGUGUCCGACUGUCUCCGUUUCUACGAUAUGCAGAAGGGAGAUAAUUAUGCUGAUAUGGCAAGUGUUGCUACAAACUUCUACAGCUGGAACUCAACUUGGCCUGGAGACACCUGCUUCGUGUGCAUUGGAACCACUGGGCCGGUCACGACAAUCACCAAUGGGAUUCCAGUGCUCGCAGAAGCGACUAGCUAG